AUAUCAAUUUGUGUAAAGACAGUACAAUAGUUUUGAAGGGUUGUCCAAUACAUCAAAACCAUGUUGAUUGAACUGUUUCUUUUGUGCAUUGGAACUUUUCUUCUGUUCUUCCAGCUCAGAAUUCGGCGACUUAAAAACUUCCCCCCUGGACCCACACCUUAUCCCUUAUUUGGAAAUUUGCUACAACUGGAUCGCAGAAACCCUUUGAAGGACCUGGAUAAGUUUGCUCUGCAGUAUGGUUCGCUCUACAGUCUGUAUAUUGGUAGGCAUCCAGCAGUAGUGUUGACAGGUCACAAAGUGAUCAGAGAGGCAUUGGUCACACAAGCGGUGGAGUUUGCUGGUAGACCGAGUACUAUGUUAAUCAGUCAUUUAACACAGAACAAAGGAGUUUUUAUGUCGGAUUUUGGAAAUGGUUGGAAGGAACAUCGGCGUUUUGUUCUGACCACACUGAGGAACUUCGGCCUUGGAAAGAAAAGUAUGGAGCAGAGGAUUCUGGAUGAGGUCAAAUUUAUCAUCUCACUUCUGGAGGAAUCUGCUGGGAAGGCAAUUGACCCACAAUAUCUUUUCCACCAUGCUGCUGCAAACAUCAUUGCCGCUAUCAUCUUUGGGUCACGCUUUAGAUAUCAGGAUGAAUAUUUCCAAAAAUUGGUCACAGCCGUGGAGCAUAUGGCUAAAAUUAUCAUCGGACCAUGGGCAAUGCUUUAUGAAAUAGCUCCAGCACUAAGGAUUUUCCCACUGCCAUUCAGGAAAGGUUUUCAUUAUUUUAAGCAGAUUAAAGAACACAAUCUCAAAGUUAUUGGUGAGCACAAGAUGUCACGGGUUGCUGGGAAGCCUAGAGAUUUGAUUGAUGUUUACCUGGAAGAGAUAGAGAAGAGAGCAGAUCAAUGCACAAUAUUUAAUGAUUCUCAGAUGGCCACUUUGCUCUUUGACUUGUUUUUGGGUGGGACUGAAACGACCUCUAACACACUCCGCACCUUAACCCUCUAUUUGAUGACCCACACUUACAUACAAGAUCGAUGUCAGCAAGAGAUUGAUGAAGUCCUUGGGGCUUGUGAACAUGUUACAUACGAGGACAGAAACGCCAUGCCAUACGUUCAGGCAGUUAUUCAUGAGGCUCAGCGUGUUGGUGACUUAGCUCCUCUUAGUAUGUUUCACACUGCCACAACCAACACCAAACUACAGGGCUACAGCAUCCCAAAGGGGACGUUUAUCAUUCCUAAUUUGUCAUCUGCUCUCAGAGAUAAAAGUCAGUGGAAGUUUCCCAAUGAAUUCAACCCUGAAAACUUCUUGAAUGAAAAGGGGGAAUUUGUGAAACCUGAUGCAUUCAUGCCUUUCUCUGUUGGAUCCCGUGCAUGUUUAGGAGAGAGUCUAGCUCGCAUGGAGCUCUUUCUCAUCCUGGUCACAAUCCUGCGGCGAUUUCGUCUGAUCUGGCCAGAGGAUGCAGGAGUACCAGACUACAAUUAUAUAUAUGGUUUGACACAGUCAGUAAAACCAUAUCGUCUGUGUGCGGAACUACGUAGACCAGAGAAGACUUGCUAAUAGAUAUAGUUUCUUUUAAGCUACAUACAUUCAAAGAGUAAAGAAGUACCUAGGGGCGAAACUCACUUACAGUUUUGACAACAAUCGCUAGAUGGUGAUGCUGUCGCCAUUCUGGAUUGAACUAACGGCUUGAAUAGCGACGUGGAGGUGUACAACAGUGAGUGCAGGGAAGUUGUGUGUGACAAGGAAAAGUGCAAAAACACUCUUGUACACAUAUUGAAACUAUUCAUUAGAGUCAAAAUCCAUCAUAUAUUACGGACCCAAAAUCAACAAAUCUCACAGCCCAAACAGAAGCGCAACAGAACAUUUUUAAAGCCAACUGUAAAUCAGUAGAUUAACUCUCUCUUUCUGUAUCAAAUGUAUGUGUUGUACAAAAUUUUUAAUCAGUUAAGAUUAAUUAUAUUGCAAUAAAACUAAAGACUAAAACACAUAAAACAGCUAAUACACUUCCAUUGUCAUUCUUUGUAGUAAAUGUGUGCACUUUACUUUUUUACGAUGUUUGAUUUGUUGUGUGUAAUGCAGGCAAAAAUUAUGUGGUGAUCUACCAUCACCUAUUUUAUUACUGUUAAUUUUGUGAUGAUCUUCUACUAUUAAAUAUUCUCUCUUGACUAA